CAAAACACGGGCAAAACACACACAUACUCACACCCCAAAAGUGCACUCAACUCCUCCUCCUCAAUUACUUCCAUUUGGCUGCGACUACACGAGGGACACAUCGCUUGUGAAUAACAACAGCUCAUUUCAGAGAUUGUGGCUUUAAACAAGCACUUGGCAUUAAAGUAGUCAUCGUUAAAGGCGUCGAUAUGUUAAUAUUUAUCAUUCAUUGGAGCCUUCUGCCAUGAUGAAGUUGGACAUCUUAUGAAAUGACAAAGCGCUGCAAAUGAAGCGAAAACACGACGAAGAUGCAAACACUAGUAAAAUUCGAAAGGUAGAAAUUGUACUCGAAACUUCCACAAAAUGUCGGGAUUAAUUUUAAUCGGCGAUGAGAAAAAGAUGGAUUUUCGGUGAAGUGCGUCUGCAACCUCCUCCAUCCUCAGGCCGAAAAGAAAAAACAACAUCGUGUUUUGUUUAACCGUUUGAUGACAGGCGUCUGUCCAGUUGAAAAUUGCCCACGAAACACUUCAGACGAGGGUUACAGCAGUGGCCUCCGUUGUUGGUACGUGCUCAAAACUCUGGGAUGCACCGACACCCAAGAGUGUGCGUUCUGUGUGUGGUUGUUGUGCUUUAGGUCCAUUUACGAACACUAAAGAAAAGGCAGUAGCAAUAAAAGAACAGCCAAGUACUAACUUCUUAAUAGGAUUUCUAUAACGGCGCGUCCAUGAGCGAAGUCAUAUGAACCGUAAAAGGACAGGACUGUAUCUUACGGAAGCAAACACGUGCCUUUCGCUCCCGUCCACGAUGCUUUUCCACGGCCUGCCCGGAGGCGACAUUCACGGUGUGAUUGAAGAAAUGGAGCGCAGAGGCAAGAGCGAUUCGACUGCAAUAAGCUCGGCCAUAGAUAUGGGCGAAAGAGAAACGAGCAUGCCGUCGAUGAGCGGUGAACGUGUGGCUCUGUGUGCGGGCUGCGGGGGGAAAAUAUCCGACCGCUAUUACUUGCUUGCCGUAGACAAGCAGUGGCACAUGCGCUGUCUGAAAUGCUGCGAGUGCAAACUCAAUUUGGAGUCCGAGCUCACCUGUUUCAGCAAAGAUGGAAGCAUUUACUGCAAGGAAGACUAUUACAGAAGGUUUUCGGUGCAGAGGUGUGCGCGCUGCCAUCUCGGGAUUUCAGCCUCGGAAAUGGUGAUGCGAGCUCGCGACUUGGUAUACCACUUAAACUGUUUCACAUGCUCGACGUGUAACAAAAUGCUGACAACGGGCGACCAUUUCGGCAUGAAAGACAGUCUCGUGUAUUGUCGUUUACACUUCGAGACGCUCGUGCAGGGAGACUACGGACACUUCAAUCACACAGACGUGGCUCCAAAUAAAGCGCUGGGUACUGCGGGGGCGCUCGCGCUCUCCUACUACAACGGAGUUGGCAGCGUACAGAAAGGACGCCCGAGGAAACGGAAAAGCCCAGGACCCGGAGCAGAUCUGGCCGCUUAUAACGCAACACUAAGCUGCAAUGAAAAUGAUGGGGAUCCCAUAGACAGAGAAUCUCAGUACAAUUCUGGUCAGAAGACUAAACGAAUGAGGACUUCCUUCAAGCACCAUCAGCUGAGAACCAUGAAGUCCUACUUUGCCAUCAACCACAAUCCUGAUGCCAAAGAUUUGAAACAGCUGGCACAGAAAACAGGUCUUACAAAGCGUGUACUUCAGGUCUGGUUCCAGAAUGCCAGGGCCAAAUUCCGACGAAAUCUUCUGCGUCAGGAGAGCAGUGGGGUGGACAAAGCUUCAGAUGGAUCAACAUUAGCUGGUGGAACCCCAUCUGGUCCGGCAUCUGAAAUCUCAAAUGCCUCUAUGAGCCCUUCAAGCACUCCCACCACACUAACAGACCUCACUAACCCUACAAUGCCCACUGUCAACUCUGUACUGACCUCUGUGCCAGGCAACUUGGAUGUGCAUGAGUGCCGGAGUCCUUCUCAGACCACACUUACCAGCCUCUUCUGAUGCUUGUCAUUUAGUGAUAAUCACCAGUGACUCUUAUAUGGCUUUGAAAUUACAGAGCACAUCCUGUUUUCUGAAGUUGUGAAAGGUUUACUUUACUAGUCUGUACCACAUAUACCAUAUCUAGCCCUGAUGCUCACAGGUGCUGUUUGUAAAAUGGUGCCAUAAUGCAGAUGUGAUUAGUGGCACAAAACCCUGUAACUGUUCAAGUCACAGAUGUCCCAACCAGGGCAUUAUUUUCAACAGACCUAACAAAAUGCAAAAUUAUACUCAUGCCAACUAGAGACAAUUAAAAAGGUAAAAUUGGUGAAAUUGGUUAAAAAGAAAAAAAAGCUAUUGUUUGACUGUAAGCCUCUUUCAAAGUAUUGCAUAGAGGUAGGCAUGCCUCAGUGAAAGAAUGUUGAUGCUUUGCUGUUGUUCUUGUCUUUGGUGGAAUUGAAGAGAAUUUAUUUUAAUUUUUAUUUCAUCCUUACCCAAAUAUGUUUACAGCAUAAGACUGAUGACAGAAGUGACCUCAUUGUAUGAGUAUCAACUUCUUUCCGCUGUCUUUUAUUUAUAGAACUGCACACAGGGGUCAAUUUGAGGAAAAUGGAUUAUAAUGUGAAUAAUCUUGAGAUGAAAAUCAUAAACAGUAAAAUCAUAAUUGUCACGUGCCUUAUGCUGCAUUUUAGUAACUGUGUACAAAGUCCAUUUCUCACAGCUAAAAUGAAUUGAAUUUGAAUAUGUGUAUUUUAUCCAUUGAGGCAACAAGGUUUGGUAGCUCUGCAUAAAACAUGAGCAUUAAAUACAGGUACAUACUCUUUCUUCUCUCCUUCUUGAACUCUCUCUUGCUCUCUCUCUCUCACUUUUUCUUGCUAUAUCACCCAAGAGAAACUUAAAAUUAAUUAAAAUAAAUUAACUCAACAUCUUACCUCACUAAAAGUCCACUGGAUAUAAUAGCACAGCAGCUAAAACCUUAAUACACACUUCAUAUUAGCAAAAAUAAAAGAGUAAAAUAAUUACACUGAAAAAUGCAACAGCUGGGUGACUAUUUGUAUUAGUUCUGAGGGACAUCACUUAAAACAGGAUAAUGUAAAUCAGAAAAUAUGAUCAAAUUGUUUCAUUAACUCAAGCGAAAGAAACUACAUUUUGUUGUAGAUUCAUGAAUUAUUUUACAAUUAUUAAGAUGUAACAGUGUUGAGAACAGGUUGAAUGUUUCCAUGGUGACCAUAGGCUUUUGUUGAAUAUGCUGUAUGUUUUGGACUGACUCCUGGGGUGUUUCUUAAGCAUUCUUCAAAAUAUCCAAUUUGAUGUAAAUCAUCAGUUCUGUACAGAAUAUAUGUAACAGUUGUAUAGGGCCAUCCUUGCUAUUGCCAUAAACUGAGAAAUAAGAGGUUUUUGUAGUAAAAAUACAUGAGAUCUCAUCUCUCAUUAUUAUUACUUUAGUUAUGAUGCCAUUAUUUAUUCCAUUUUGAUCAGUGUUUUCAGAUUAACAGUGAACAUCAUUAAUGAAACAUUUUUUAUACAGUGCAUGGCUGUGGACACCUGACCAUUACACCCAUAUGUAGGCCUUCCCCAAACCUUUGCCACAAAGUUGUCUUUGUGAGCUGUAGCAUUAUUACUGGCUGACUAAAUCGUGAAUGGGAUGUUCAAAAAGCACAUAUGAGUGUUAUAGUCAGGUUUUCAGAAAAUUAUGGCUAUAUAGUGUACAUAGGUCAAAACCAUAUUUUAUCAUAACUUGAUUUAACUCACAUACAAACUAACUUUUAUGUUACUAUAUAUAUUUGAUAAAGACUGCAAUGGAUUUCCGCUAUAUAAUUCUGUAUUAAAUAUUAUGUGGUUAUUUAUUUCAUUUUCUAUGACAGCAGUCUUAGAAAUGCUCUAGAAUCAUCAGUAAUGUUGGAUGGACUUACAGUUCACAAUUGAACUUUAAUUAUUGCAAUGUAUUGUGUAUGGAAACAUAUUAUUCAAUUUAUUGCUUCAUAUACAAAUGAACUGACACAUUGGGCUAUUUUACAUGACUAUUAUUGUAAGUUCCUAAUUAAGAUCGACCAAAUACAACUGUGUCAAAGUCAAGACACAAAUUCAAAAAGUGAAUUUUAAGUUUUGCAAUGAACAAACAAUGAAGAGCACAUCAUGUAUAUGGCGAGCCAGCAUCCAUGAUAGCAAAUAAGUAAUAACAAAUAACCACCAAUGCUUACCACUUAAUUUAGCAAAUAUGCUAACAUGGAAUGACAAUGAAGAACCUAUCUGAAACUGUCUAUGAACCUAUGAACUGAUAUAGGAUUCCAUUGCUAUAUCUGGCAUUUCGGGGCAUGGUGGCUUGGUGGUUAGCAUGUUUGUCUCACACUUUCAGGGGUUUUGAUUAGUGCCUUUGCUAUUUGUGUAGAGUUUGCGUUUUUCCUCCCCCAGACCAAAAACAUGCAUUGUAGGCUGAAAGCCUAUAUGGUUAAUGAGUAAAUUGUAAUUGCUGAUUUGUUUAAAUCUAGAUAGAGAUUUCUUGAGGCAUUGCUUGUGAAUGAUAAACAGUAUAGAAGGCAUUGUGUUGAUCCCUGAACAAAACACAUAUAUUGGACUAGUCAUUACCAGGUCCUAAAAUAAGCAAUAAAUGCACAUAAUUAUUGAAUAGUUUAUUUGUCAGCUUU